AUGGACGCCACUUACCAUUCACUUUCCCAGCGAAUCAUACGCCGAUUCGCCCUCAAGGAGUCAGAGGGCCAAAACCGGCUUCUUAUCGCCCUGGCCGGCCCACCAGGAUCCGGAAAAUCGACAAUCGCUGCGCAAGUGGUUCACCAAGUGGCAUCCAUGCCCUCUGGUCCCUCCGUUGUGGCCGUUUCGGUAGAUGGUUUCCACUUCUCCCGAGCCACACUCCGAUCGCUUCCCAAUGCAACGGAAGCACUCGCCCGCAGGGGCGCACCCUGGACCUUCGACGGCGCUGCUGCGGCAAAACUAGUCCAACGGCUCCGCGAUGGGGCCGGGAAGUACUCGGUUACUGCGCCAACUUUUGACCACGCAGUCAAGGACCCAGUACCUGAUGGUCUGACGGUAGGGCCACAUGUGCAAGUUUGCAUACUGGAGGGCAACUACCUCCUUUCGGAUGAAGAACCGUGGGAUGGAAUCGCCAGCAUUGUGGAUGAGUGCUGGUUGAUCAAGGUUGAUACAUUGCUUGCGCGGUCCAGAGUUGCGGAACGACAUCUCAAAUCUGGGAUUGAGGACACAAUGGAGAAAGCCCUCAAGAGGGCUAACGAGAACGAUUUGGUCAAUGGGGAAUAUGUUAUGAAGCAUAGCGAAGGACGUCUAGUAUGCGGUCCUCCCUCUCCAACCCCUACGGAAAGUCUACGAAGGGAGGGCGACAAUCACCCUAACGUGGAGCAUCGGAACGACACAACCCCCGUAGAGCCGUCACGCCACACGGCCACUCUGACCCAACUAUUUCUGUAA